AGUCCCCUCCCUGCAGUCUGUGCUCACAGUGCUGAUCAGAAACAGUGGAGGCUUUGGAUGAGACCCUGCUUCACAUCUCUGUAGACUGAGCCAAAGGGGUUUGAAGGCAACACGGUGAACGUCAUAUCUCGUCCCUGCUGGUCGGGGUACGAGUAGGGAGCUGGUCUCGCCUAACAGAUGUGUCUGGGACACUCCUGUUUAUUUAUUCUUUCAUUUACAUAUAGAUUCAGAUAAUGGAAGUUUUGGAGGGAUACCGUGCAGACAGAGUGCAAGAGAUGAGGUCUUCUGCCCCUGUGGAGGGAUAUGUUAAAGAGUUCACCCGCCACUCCAAUGACGUGCUGCUCAACCUGAAUGAACUCCGACACCGCAACGUUCUGACUGACACCACCCUGGUUGUGGGCAAUGCCCAACUGCGGGCGCACUAUGCUGUGCUUGUGGCUUGCAGUGGGUUCUUCUACUCGCUGUACUCCCGCCGCAUGCUCCUUCAUGGGCGUGGUAGCAGCGGGGAGCAGACCGUCUCCCUCCCUGACACCUUGGACCCAUCCAGUGUCUCCCUGCUGCUUGACUUCAUGUACACUUCCCGCCUCCCUUUGACGCCCAGCACUGUCCCCAGGGUGCUCGCUGUGGCAACCUACCUGCAAAUGGACCACGUGGCCGAUACCUGCAGGGAAUUCAUGCAGCUGCACUGCAGGGAGAACAUGAGUGCAAGACACCCUCAACUGGAGCUGGACUCCAGGGCGUCAGUAGCCUCUGUUGCUCCCAAAGGAGGAGACCUUGCCAAUUCAGGACCCCAGAGAUUUCUUCUAACAGCAGUAGCAACAAGAGUCCCUGCGGAUGUCGGCGGUUCUCUGAAGCCAGGGGCUUUCCCAACCUGCCAGCCUGGGUCAAAUGUGCUGAAAGGAGAGCGGGAGUCGCCCCUCAUCAGCACCCCGACUCCAUCUCCAGACAGCCCCUCACGCUCUAGCUGCCAACCAAACUCUCCUGCAGAGUCAAACACCUGCAACAAAAACCUUAUGAGUGAGACCAAAGCCACACCAGAUCCAAAGGCUUGCAACUGGAAAAAAUACAAGUAUAUUGUCCUCAACCCGCUGUGUGCAUCCACCACGGUGAAGGAGGAGGUGGUGGAGGAAGUACAAAGGCAUGCAUCACCCAUGGGUGGCAGGACAUUGAAAGCAGCAACUACAGAGGCGUGGUCUGGAGAAGUGCCUGGUCAGAUUGAUAGACAGGGGCAGGCCUCCUGCUACGAGGGUUCUGGCCGAGCCCCUCCCCUCGGGCCACUCCCCUCUGAGCCUCCCCCUCAAAAAGAAGGAACAGUCAUCAGUCACCCCACUGACCCUGAAGCUCCCAACCAACAUGUGAUCAAGCGUGAGAACUACUAUGUGCCCUUCUGUUAUUCUGGAAACCUUCAUGUAACCAAGACUGUCUGCUCAGGUGAUAAACCCUACCGGUGUAACGUGUGUGGUGCCCAGUUUAACCGCCCAGCCAAUCUGAAGACUCAUUCUCGCAUCCACUCAGGAGAGAAGCCGUACCGCUGUGACACCUGUGGAGCUCGAUUUGUGCAGGUUGCCCAUCUCAGGGCCCAUGUCCUGAUCCACACUGGGGAGAAACCAUACCCCUGCCACACCUGCGGGACCCGCUUCCGCCACCUCCAAACCCUGAAGAGCCACUUGCGCAUUCACACCGGAGAGAAGCCCUACACUUGUGAGAAGUGUGACCUUCACUUCCGCCACAAGAGCCAGCUGCGUCUGCACCUGCGGCAGAAACACGGAGCAGUCACCAACACCAAGAUCCGCUACAAGGUCCUGACUGAGCCGUACCAGGCUCUGCUGCAGGCCUGCUGAGGAGGUCUGACCUUUGUAACAGCAUUAUGGUCAGAAAAUACCUUAAAAACAUAUCAGUUAUCAAGACAGUGUGAAAAUUUGCUAAUAUAUUCUGCUAAUCCUGGAAAAAGGUGCUUCAACAUAAGGUGCUAAUGUUAAACAGACUGGAGUGUUUAUAGAACAGGGUGCCAAUUUGAAUUUUUUUCUGAAAUUGGUGUGUCAUUGGUUGGGAUUAGAGCCAACAAAAAUUCAAUUAAGACCACAGAAAUGGUGGGGUGUCUUUUCUGAGAUGGAGAUAAUGUUAAGUGGUUUUAAAGGUUUGUGAAGGGGUAAAGAGAAGAGGAAGCAAAAUGCUGAUGGAGAUAAUGUUAAGAAAUGUGACUUUGAUGGUUUGUGAAGGAGUGAAAAGCAGGGAAGGCAUAAAGGAGAAGAAAGUGGAAUAUUGAGGGAUGUGGUGCUGGAUUAUGGAUGUGCAUGUUUGAAUGAAAGCAAAAGCAAGUCUUAUAAUGGAACAGUGACUUUUUUGUUAUGCCUGGAUAUGCACUUAAUUAGUGUUAAGUUACAGCAUUUUUCCUUUUGCAAAUAUUUAACUGAUAUUUAACUUAAGCUUUAGGCCUGGGGCCUGGUCGUGAGGUGAAAGAAAGUAUGAAGUGAAUUCUUCUUACACAGUCCAGGCAGGCAAAGGACUUAGCCGUCUUGUAGUAAAGAUUUAAGUUAAAUGAUAUAUAGUUUUCUAAAAAAAAAAAAGUAAUAAUGUUGAAAUAAAGAGGACCGUAAGCAAUCAGAGAUUGAAAAUGACAUUGAUUAUGUCUUUAUGUGGGUUGAUUUGCUGGACAAAAAUGCUAUUGUACAAUUUAAAUUAAAACUUUUAUACCAAUUGGG